ACCGCGGCGGCCGCCUCCGCCUUCCGCGGCGCCAUCCUCUUCGCCCGCUCGCUCGCCGAGCACAGCGUCGCGCACCGAGAAAAGCUCAACGCUCUAAAGGACCAGCUCAGGGAACUGGAGGCAGGUCUGGCAGAAGCUCUGUCCACCCAACUGAAGAAAGAAUCUGAAUGUAAGCUCACCAGCGAGUCGAUCUCGAACGCCACUGCAACGAACGAGGAGCUCAGAGGCCUGCUCUUGGAUCAGAGGGCUAGGAGAGAUGAGUUUGCAAACGUCAUAUCACAUCAGCUCCAAGCUAUCGAAGCUCUUGAAGCUAAUGUUGAUGUGAUGGGGAAAAAGAACCUGGACGAAGCUAUUAUGUGGUACAAUAAAUUUCUUGGUUUUCGAGUUGUUGCAGGGGAAGGGGUUAAAUUUGUCUUCAGCAAAGUUGACAUGCAAAGUCCUGACGAUGAGUGGCAGGUCUGGCAGAAGCUCUGUCCACCCAGCUGAAGAAAGAAUCAGAAUGUAAGCUCACCAGCGAGUCGAUCUCGAACGCCACUGCAACGAACGAGCAGCUCAGGGGCCUGCUCUUGGAUCAGAGGGCUAGGAGAGAUGAGUUUGCGAACGUCAUAUCACAUCAGCU